UCAUCUGUAGAGGAAACCAUAGUUUUGCACACGUCUCUUAAAAUCAAAACCAGGAAGCAACUCUUCAACUAAGUGAAAGUGAAACUUAAGCGCUGUUUAGACCUUUUGUGUUUCUCUCCGUCAAUGCUCAUGCAAAGAAAUGGCAGAAGCCAGUAUUUCAGUGGCUCAGGAUCAGUUUACUUGUCCAAUCUGUCUGGAUCUACUGAAGAAUCCAGUGACCAUUAACUGUGGACACAGUUUCUGUAUGGACUGUAUUACAAACUGCUGGGAUCAGGAUGAUCAGAAGCGAAUCUACAGCUGCCCUCAGUGCAGACAAACCUUCACACCAAGACCUGUUUUAGGUAAGAAUGUGGUGAUUGCUGAAAUGCUUGAGAAACUGAAGAAGACAAAACUUCAAUCUGCUCCUGACUCUGCUCAUUGUUACGCUGGACCUGGAGAUGUGGAGUGUGACAUCUGUACUGAGAGAAAACUAAAAGCAGUCAAGUCCUGUCUAGUGUGUCUGAACUCUUACUGUCAAAAUCACCUCAACCAGCAUGAGAAUUUCUUUAAAGAUAAAAACCACAAAGUGAUUGAUGCCACUGAACGACUACAAGAAAUGAUCUGCAAAAAACACAAUAAACAACUAGAAAUCUACUGCCGUACUGACCAACAAUGCAUUUGUUACUUGUGUACGAUGGACUUUCACAAAAAUCACGACACCAUGACAGCUGUGACAGAGAGGACAGAGAAACAGACGCGAUUGGGAGAAACACAAAGAAAUUUAAAGCAGGGAAUUCAGGAGAGAGAGAAGAAGCUUCAGGAGCUGAGACAGACUGUGGACUCUCAUAAGCGCUCUGCACAGACAGCAGUGGAGGACAGUGAGAGGAUCUUUACUCAACUGAUCCGAUCCAUUGAGAGAAGACGAUCUGAGGUGACACAACUGAUCAGAGAUCAGGAAAAGACUGCAGUAAGUCGAGCUGAAGGAGUCAUGAAGCGUCUGGAGGAGGAGAUUGAUGAUCUGAAGAGGAGAGACGCUGAACUGGAGCAGUUUUUACAAACAGACGAUGACAUUCAUUUCCUGCAGAGUUUCAAGUCUUUCUCUCUGACUUCUGGAUCUUCAGAUGUUUCCAGCAUUACUUUCAGUUCUCUUCUCUCUUUUGAUGAUUUGGGAAAAUCUGUUUCUAAACUCAGAGAUAAACUGGAGGAUUUGUGUAAAGAUGAGAUUAAACGUAUAUCUGACAGAGUAAAAUCCCCUGAAAUUAUUUCCAAACAACCCAGAACUAGAGAGGAUUUCCUACAAUAUUCCAUUCUGCUGUGUCUGGAUCCAAACACAGUGAAUAAAAAUCUCCAGCUGUCUGAGAAGAACACUGUGGCUACUCGCACUAAAUCAGUCCAGCAGUAUCCUGAUCAUCCAGACAGAUUUAGUGAAUUAAGUGAAGUUUUGUGUAGAGAGAGUUUGUGGGGACGCUGUUACUGGGAGGUUGAGUGGAGUGGUGCUGUCAGUAUAUCAGUGUCAUAUAAGAGCAUCAGCAGGAAGGGAUCGGGUGAUGAGUGUAUAUUUGGAUAUAAUGAUCAGUCCUGGAGAUUGUUCUGCAGUGACUCCAGCUGCUUCUUCACUCACAAUAACAAAUACACUGAUCUCCCUGAAGUGUUGAGCUCCUGUAGAAUAGGAGUGUAUGUGGAUCACAGUAAAGGAUCUCUGUCCUUCUACAACAUCUCUGAUACAAUGAACCUCAUACACAGAGUCAACACCACAUUCACUAAACCACUUUAUCCUGGGUUUUGGAUCGAUCCAAACUCAACCAUAAAACUCUGCAAACUUAUAAUAUAGAAGACCGAGAUUACAUAAUAGUGUUUUUUCACAGCUUUGACCUACAUGAUUAUUUAGUAACAGUGAGAUGCUAGGAGUCUGUUAAACCAAUAGUUGAGUUUGUCUAUAUAUAACUCAACAUUGGUUAAAAGUAACUAAUUAAAAAAAAUAUUAUUAGAUGUUAUUUUUAGAUUGAUCUAAUGAAGGUUGUGGUGUAAAUGUUGGAGUGAAUGGGAAACAGUUAAUGUUAAUGUUUUUUUAAGGGGUUUUUAUGGGAUGGGAUGGAGAAAAAUUAUAACAAAUGCUCCCCAAAGAUGAAAAUGCUUUCUCUUGUGCCCUUUCAUCUGGUAUGUAUCUUCUGACAUUUACAGUAGUUGUGUAUUGAUUUAUUUCUUACUUUUUUUGCUUUCCUUAUAGUAAGCAUCAAACAAGAUCAGAUAAAACAGAUAAAAAACAACUAAUUAAUAAGCGUUUUCUAUUAUUAUUAUUUGUCCCUCAUCCCUUUAUUUCCUGCACAGAUAUAUUAUUGAAAAAAUGUUAAAGAGUAAAAAGACUUUCUGUUUGAAUUAGAGCCCGACCGAUAUGCAUUUUUUGGGGCCGAUGCCGAUACAGAUAUUAGGGAGUAAAAAAACACAGAUAACGAUAUAUCGGCCGAUAUUCUUUAUGUGUAUAUUACAGUACAGUACACAUAUACUACAGUAUAUUAUACUACAGCAGGCUACUGUACAUAUAAUACACUAUAUACGUUAACAGAAUAUACUAUAUAUAAAUACUUUUUUUGCAAUGAUCACUCACAGAUGUGGUGAUCAAACACUUAAAAUGACGUGACAAAGAUAUGUAAUAUAGGCAGGUGUGUUUUACAAGUUAACAAUAAACUUUAUUAUCCAAAAUGAUUCUGAUAUAAGUGCACAAAACAGUAAACUUGACAAAUUAUAAAUAACUUUAAAACAAAAACAAAACAAAAUACAUAUAACUUAAAUGAUUGUCAGUUUUGACGAGAAUAAUGUUAGAUUGGGCUUAUUUUGAAAAUGGAAACUUAUAAAGUCAUUGUUUAUUAGCUUUACAAUAAGUUAUGUACUUCACAAAUUAAUUGGAAACUUACCGU